UCCCUUCCUCCCGGGUGGCAGGCGGCGGGCGGCGGCGUCGCGGGCGGCGGACGGACGGGCGGGUGCUGGCUCGCUCCCUCCCUCGCCGCCGGCUUCCUUUUGUUUCUCGGACGGACGGCGAUGAGCUCGGGGCCGGCGCGGCGGCUGCGGGCGCGAGGAGGCCGGCGCUCCUAGCCACCCUCCCGCCCCAGCGCUUCGUCCGGCGGCGGCGGCGCCUUCCCCCGCGCGGCGGCGCCAACUCGGGCUCGGAAGCCGGGGACGUCCUGCCCCGAGCAGGGCAUGGUCUAGUGGCCCCGGCGAGCACGGAACCAGCCCCGAGGCGCUGAGCCUGCUGUCUGCACCUCUGCUCGCCUUGCGUAAGUAGCCGCCCGCGGCCAUGGGCAAGCAGAACAGCAAGCUGCGGCCCGAGGCGCUGCAGGACCUGCGGGAGAACACGGAGUUCACGGACCACGAGCUGCAGGAGUGGUACAAGGGCUUCCUCAAGGACUGCCCCACCGGCCACCUCACCGUGGACGAGUUCAAGAAGAUCUACGCCAACUUCUUCCCCUACGGCGACGCCUCCAAGUUCGCCGAGCACGUCUUCCGCACCUUCGACACCAACGGCGACGGCACCAUCGACUUCCGGGAGUUCAUCAUCGCGCUGAGCGUCACCUCCCGCGGCAAGCUGGAGCAGAAGCUGCGGUGGGCCUUCAGCAUGUACGACCUGGACGGCAACGGCUACAUCAGCCGCGGCGAGAUGCUGGAGAUCGUGCAGGCCAUUUACAAGAUGGUGUCCUCGGUGAUGAAGAUGCCGGAGGACGAGUCCACCCCGGAGAAGCGGACGGACAAGAUCUUCAGGCAGAUGGACACCAACAACGACGGCAAGCUGUCCCUGGAGGAGUUCAUCAGAGGCGCCAAGAGCGACCCGUCCAUCGUGCGGCUGCUGCAGUGCGACCCCAGCAGCGCCUCCCAGUUCUGAGCCAGGAGCUCCGGUGGCGGCGCCGGCUGCAGCCCGUACGCUGUGCUCGGAAGCGAUGCCGCCUCCGCCGUCCCCUCCCGCGCCGGCCGGGGCCCCGCUCCCGCCGCCUGCAGCCGCCCCCGCCCCCGCCCCCGGC